CGUUACCAAGGAAGUCAUCUGAUCAGAGCCCUUUAAAUUCUUGUCAAACGUGUGUUGACGACCACAAUGCACAGUAGGCUAAUUCGAGACCCAGCGACAUCAACUCAUUUUCAUCUGAGGUUAACGCGUUUUCCCAAAGGGGACCCAAUGCUGUAACAGAAUGGCAGCACCAGGAGGGCCAUCCAGGCCCGUUGACCUGUCGUCCCUUCUCAGAACUCACGAACUGCAUGUGGCCUGUAAGUCGUGCUGCCGGCAAAAAGCCGAGAUCACGUUCUGUCUUGCUGCAAACCCACACCAGUGCCGGAGAAACAUCUUGCUGGUGAGGACAAUAGGUCAAGACAGAUGGAGGCCGGUUAACCCACUGCCUGGCUUCCUUCCAAGGCCAGUGAAAUAUGUGCAGUGCUGGAAUUUCGUGGAAGGAUCUGGUUGCAGGUCCCAUGGUAGACACUGUUCGUUUGCAAGGAGCUCUGAGGAAGCGGCGGUGUGGAACUUCUUAAAAUACUGGACAAUAGAGCUCAGUGAGCUCAUCAAAAGGCUAGAUGGGGUGCCAAAGCAUUCGCCCAAGCCUGAAGAUUGCGCUGGAGGCACAGACACAAUCUUGAGGCAGUAUCCUGGUUAUUUCUUGGAACUGUGCGAGACCUGCCUCCAUAACACACCCCAAAGAAUAUCCGAGUGUCAAUAUGGCAAUUCAUCCAAGCAAACGCCAUGUUGCACCUCUGAGCAUCCCUGGAAACCCAUCCUGGUGUUCUCUCAGAGGAGUCAGGAAAAGAAUGUGGAAUUCCACGAGAUCAGGCCGCGGCCCAACAAACCCUACUCACAGUGGCACUACUGCAAGUACGUGAUGGGGGGGCAAACCUGCUGGCACGGGCGCCGCCGCUGCUGGUUCGCUCACAGCGCUGUGGAAAUGGCCGUCUGGACAGAGGAAAGCAAGGGCCAGGAUCGCUCCAGACUUCUGACAAGAAAAGAUACACAGGCGUCGCAGCGACCACGGGCGAACUCCAUGCCACCGGGGUCAGAGAAGUCAGGGAAGCAUGAGGUACACUACUGCAAGGUGUGUCGCCACAAGUUUCGUUCCGAGGAAGAGUACAUGAACCACUGCUUCACCAGUGAACACAGGAGACACAUAUUUGAGGACGAGUUAAUGGAGCCAAAAUACAGAGACCCACCCGAGACAUACCAUUCCUUCCAAAUGUGUCCAAGAGCUGGCACGUGCGAGCACGGAGACCGCUGCAUGCAGGCCCAUUCGGCGGAGGAGCUGCAGGAGUGGCGGAGGAGAGCCAAGGCGUCCAGGAGGAAGGCCAAGGUGGCCGAGGAGCAGGAGCUGCUGUCCUACCAGGACCGCCUGCUGGAGGAGUACAGGAGCAGCUCCCAACCCCAUCACAUCAUAUCUGAGAAAUUCUCUGGUGCUACAGUUACCUGUGAUAGCGACCUGUACACAUGUGUGAAAGAGAAUGUUCCCUUGACGUGGACAUUUACUGUUAUUUCUGAGAGAGCUUUAGCUGUGACUGCACUGCUUAAACAGGAGCCUGGUUGUUCAUUCACAUUAGGUGAAGACAGCAAGGAAAAUCUCACCUACUCCAGGGGUGAGUGGUACCUCAGUCAUGGCGAUCACAACAACAACCCAACAUAUGAAAUGAAGGUGUCCUUCGUAUCCCUCCACCCUGGCGUGUUUGAACAGUGGCUAGUGUUUGACUUUGACACUCGGCCAGUUCUCCUGUGCAAACUCCAGGUCAGAGUUGGCCUACCGGAGAUCUGUGACGUACAUCAAGUCAGAGUUGGCGUGGAACCAUCCCCCAGACCCCUACCAGAUAUCUGUGACGAACACCCAGCCUCAACAAGGUUCUUGCCUCCAGAUCGGGUGGAACCGAGACUUUGGAACCGAGGUGACAGGGUCAUCGUCCCAUGCUUGGACCGCACUGAAGCAGAAGAAAUACUUCUGAGCGAGUUUAGGCGCCCUGAAAUAAACCGCCAUUAUGAUCAGCUGUUUGAUGACCUGGAUCCCAUUACCAGUGCAAACUACAGGGACCAAAUGCACAACUUCCUUUACCAAGAGGAACUUGCUGAAGAAGACAUAGUUUGCAGGCUUAAUGUUCGCGGAGCCAUAAAAUUCUCCAAAACUUUGUGUGACAAGACAUUUGGCCUAAAAAUAGCUCGAGACGGGGAACUUUUUGGUGCCCUGGAGACCUCUCAUGCACUGACUCCAGACACUCCAGAGGGUGUGAUGCUGAGGAGACGGGUGGAGUCUGUGCUUGUUGGGGAGAUGACCAGCACCGGCGACCAGAGGCGAGCGGUGUACGAAGCUCGCAUCCUUCCAGACACAGCCAGUGAGAAAAGCAUACACCUGCAGCUGUCAAGCCGGUGCUGCGCCGACCUCGGCCUUGUCAAUGAUCAGACGCGCGAGAUGGAGGUGCAGUUCCAGCUGAAUCGCCUCUGGUUCUGUGAGAUGCACAAGGCCGUCAAUCUUCUCCCAGACUUCCAUCACGUACUGCCAGAUUUUAGAUCCACGUGUGUUCCAGUGUAUUCAAACAAACUCCCCAGUGAAAAGCGCCAGCAGUACCUGAAGGACCUCAAUGAGAAGCAACAAGCAGCAAUGGCCAUCAUCCUUGGACGCACUGAGGGCAGCAAUACCAGUGUGGCGCCACUCUUGAUAUAUGGGCCCUUUGGAACCGGAAAAACACGAACUCUUGCUGCCGCAGCUGUAGAGCUAAUGAAGGAAGACCGCAACAGAGUCUUAAUCUGCACACACACAAACAGCUCUGCUGAUCUCUAUGUGAAGGAUCAUUUCCACAAAUACAGAUCGUCUGGAGACCUUAACGUCAAGCCCCUCAGAAUAAAAGCACAGGAAGCAUCUCCGUGGAGCACCGAUCCCAUAACAAAGGCCUACUGCCUGCUAACAGACGACCUGCAUUCCUUCAUACUCCCCAGCAGAGAAACAGUGGAUGGCACAAGAAUCCUCAUCACGACCACUGGUGUGGCUCGCCUUCUCAAGGACCUGAACCUCCCAGAAGACUACUUCAGCCACAUCAUGAUAGACGAGGCCUCCCAGAUGCUGGAGUGCGAGGCGCUGAUGGCGGUUGGGCUGGCAGGUCCUGCCACGCGAGUAGUCCUGGCUGGAGAUCACAUGCAGAUGGGGCCCAAGCUGUUCUCCGUGGAUGACGACAAGCGCUCAGACCACACCCUGCUCAACCGUCUCUUUCAUGCCUACCAGUCGGAAAAGAGCGGCAAGGCUGGGCAAAGCAAGAUCAUUUUUAACGAGAAUUACCGCUCCACCAAAGAGAUUGUGGACUUUGUGUCUUCUUGCUUCUACGUAAAAGGGGAAACGGUCAUCAAGGCCAGAGGAAAUGUUGCCGCUCAUCCUAAACAGUACCCCUUGAUGUUCAGUCAUGUUCGUGGCGAGUGUCAUCUAGACACAACAACCAUGUCUUGGUACAACCCUGAACAGGUUUCAAAUGUGGUUGAGAUUGUUCUUGAGCUUCUCUGUAACUGGCCUGAGGAGUGGAAAGUUGGAGUGGAUGUUUCUGACAUCGGCAAUUCCUCUCAAGACACUCAACACUUUGCCUCCGACAUCUGCAUUCUCUCUCAAGGCACUCAGGUGCGCCACCUCAGGUCAGCUUUGAGAAAUGUAAACUUGCGCAGUGUCACAGUGGAGAAUGCAGAGAACGUUCAAGGUAAACAAUAUCGAGUGAUCAUCCUUGUUACAGUCCACACCAAAGAUACUAUGAAACCUUUCACGUCUAACUGCCUGGAGUUCUUCAAUGAUGCCCGUGUCCUGAAUACGGCCAUGACCAGAGCCCAGUCUCAGGUGAUAGUAGUAGGAGACGCUGCAGCUCUCUGCUACUUCGGGAAAUGCUCCAGAACAUGGAGGUGUUAUGUAGAACACUGCAUCGAGAAGCAGGGUGCCCGACCCGAGUAUCUGACCCAGUCUUUUCUGAAGGACGAGAUCAGGGAGAUCUCGAGAUUUGUCCGGGCACAGGAAGAGGAUAGCAGCGAUACUGAUUCGACAAUAUCAGAUACACCUGACGUUAUUGACUUUAUUCUUCAAGAACUCCUUGACGAAAGUAAAGACGUGAAAGUGAACGUAACGGAGGAAGGCUUGGUGGAUAUAAUCAGAAAUGACCAUAUUGACCAGACGUCUGAUGAAAGUGAGGAGAAGCACCACGUGGUCCAACAGGAACCUGCAUUCCUCCAGCCGAACGAUGAAGAGAACAAGAUUCCAACCGGACAUGACUACAAACGCUGCAAGAUUGUGAUGGACAGAUACGACUCUGGCCAUGCCAUACCACUGGAUGAACCAACUUCAAGGAUCAAAAUCAGCGGACGGGAAAAUAUUCGCGGUUGUUUUCAUGGUGAUGAGGUGCUCGUGGAGGUGAAUGAAGAAAGCUCAGCCGUUGUUGGAAGAGUACAUGCAGUGGUGGGAUCUUCUUUUUCCAACAGGAAGUAUGUGUGCACUAUCGAAAAAACUGAUUACCAAGUGAUGACCCCAAUAAAUAAGUGUGUCUCCAAAAUAUACACUCCAUUUUGGAAAGACAAACAAAAUUAUAUCGCGAUACGAGACCCAGACAGAGGGGUGAAUUUUCUGAAAAUUAAUGAGGAAUCAAAGAGAAAUUACCUUUUUGUUGUACAAGUACUGCAGUGGCGAAAGGAUUGUUUCUAUCCUCUAGGCAUCGUUGUGAAAGUCAUCCCAAGAGUGACAUCAUUGGAGGCUGGCCUUGAAGUACUAGACCUGGAAUAUCAGCUGUCAGAUCAGAGUCCUUCACUUGAUGACAAUGAAAUGCAAGCACUUCAGGAGCGGCUCUCCCAAGAUGGUCGCAAGGAUUUCCGCAACAUCAUAACAUUUACCAUAGAUCCUGCACACUCACAAGACCUUGAUGAUGCCAUUAGUGUUAGAGAUCUAGGGCAAGAUUACGAAAUAGGGAUUCACAUAGCAGAUGUUGCUCACUUUGUGGUCAAAGACAGCAGAUUGGAUGACUAUGCUAAGCAGCAAGGAACCACGUUCUACCGACCUGCUCCUGGUACCACACCAGCGUACAUAUUUCCAAAAGAGCUGAGUGAAGAAUUUUUCAGCCUGCUUCCUGGAAGUGAUCGACAUGCUGUGUCACUCAUGGUAGUCGUUGAUAAGAUGUCAUACCGCAUAAAGUCAUCCACUUUUCACCUUUCAGUGAUUUCCUCAGACAGAAAAUUGUCCUAUGAAGAAGCAGAGGAAAUCCUUCAUAAUUCAGGGACCAAUGGCGCAAGGCGAGACAUGUGCUCUGACACCUUGGAAGGCUGCCUGAUUAUUGCAUCCCGCUUCACAGAGGCUCACCGCAAGGACCGAAAAGUGGAUGACUGGUGCUACAAGUCCCCAGAUGAGGACUCAAUAGUUGGCAGCCGUCUUUCUCACAGAGUGGUGGAGGAGCUUAUGGUUCUCUUCAACCACAGUGUUGCCCAGAUACUGCUGAACAAUGAGACGUCUAAGUCCUGUACGCCACUGAGGUGCCAAGAAGGGCCAAAAGCAGAUGACCUUCAGCAGUUACGGGCCCAAUGCAGCUCAUGGAUCCCUCUCUCCAUUCAUCUGUCUCACCUCCUCAGAAAUGAGGCUGAUAUAGUGACCCUCCCUGAAGCUAACAGAAAUGCAGUGAACAUGAUGCAACAAGAACAUGAAGGCACCUUUUCGGUACUUACAUCACUUCUUGAGAAUAUUCAAACAGCAGCCAAGGAGAGAGACAUCAACAGAAUUGUUGAUCUGAUCACAACCGAUGAUGUACACCCACAGUUGUUGCCCAUUAUCCGUGCUUUUCGGAAGCUUGUUCAGAGGAGCUAUGUCCUGCGUUCCAACUCAUCUCACUCCUCAAGGGUAGGGCACUUUGACCUUGACCUAGACUGCUACAGCUGGGCAUCGUCACCAAUCCGCCGCUAUGUGGACGUCAUCGCUCAAAGGGUUCUCCAUUCUGUUCUCGAAAACAAAAAGAUCCCUUACACACCUAUUGAAAUUGACCAGGCAUGCGUGAUCUUCACUCUUAACAAUUACAAGCAGUCCAAGUACGACAGAGACUCCCACAGCCUUCACUUUGCUUCUGAAUUACAAUCAAAGGGCGCAAGAAAGAUCGCCUUUGUCACUGAUAUCCCUCGCAACAGCAGCAGUUUCCGGAUAUCAUUCCCAUUGCUGCGACAGUCGAUGUAUAACGAUGUACCCAUCAUGUACAGAGACCUUCAGUUAGCAGACCAACCAGAUGUGCACACAGGCUCUUUGGUUCUCAAAUGGAGUCGAAGGGUUUACUCUUUUACCCGUGACGACAUUCACUCUGAACUGGAACAACAAGCUCCAGAUGUUCUGACUACGCAGGUGUCAGGACAGGGAUGGCAGGAGUUGUUGUCUUGCAUCCGGACAGAGAACUGGCAGGAUUUACUUGAGUAUCUCCCACAAAUCACCGCCGAAGUACAGAUUGGUGGAACGUUUGGCUCCACAGACCUAGCUGGAGACAUGGCAAAGUACAGUAAACCAGAAGAAAUUCAGAAACAUUUUGUCGAUUUGGCACUGCAUCUCAAGCCCGGUGACACGAUUGAAGUGCAACUUGGGACAGACACCGUGAGGGGUCUACUGGUUCCAGCCGUGCAGCUCUUGGUUGUGAAUAGUGGUCUUGAGAUUUGCCUGGAGCACGGAAAAGACCCAAUUGAAUGUUUCUCCAAAUAUGCUCUCCGUGCCUCCAAGAAUGCGUACCCCACAUACAAUGACUACCAAAAAAUAUGGGGGCCUCUGUGCGAAAUGGAAUCUGCAUGCAGUGCAGUUGCAGAAAACGAAAGCAUUGUCUUGGAAGAUGUGGAGCUUACAUGGAAACGUGCUCAACGAGAUCAGGACCUGACUGGAUUAUUUAAAAUACCGGAUGAGAAGAGGAAGCAGUGGUGUCUGGACUGUGACUUCAGCAAUUGUUUCCUGUGCAUCAGAAUGAGACGAAAUGAGAAUGAUUUCCUACCAGAGAUAAGGAAUGAGCUGACUGGAUGUAAAUAUCGAGACCUCACAAGUAUGACCAAUGUCAUCUGGGUUGCCCAUGGUGUAACAACGUCCGUCAAAGAGUAUGAUGAUGAUGACAAGACCAAGGAGGUCAGAUUCCGCAUUAAUCACUUGACUUCGACCAACAGACCAAAUCGAAUCUUUGCAGAGAACACAAGAUUCACUGUUGAACUGAUUCCUAAACUCCUCCCAGAUGUGAGAAAGGAGAGUGCUGUGGAAAAGCUUACCAAGGCAAACAAUUUGGUGAAGAGUAUUGCCAUUAAUAGAGGCUUACAUUUUGAUAACAUCAAGACCAUCGGAGGACUAAAUGGGACUUAUGUUAUGGAGAACCACCACGCCCUUGGAUUUCCACCUUUGAACAGAAGUCAGACAAGAGCCAUAAGGGAAACCUUGAGGAACGGCUUUACACUUAUACAAGGCCCUCCAGGAACUGGAAAAACUGUUGUGGGAGUCCACGUUGUUUAUUGGUUCUUUAAACACAGUCAGAAAACAGCACCAAUGAAGCAGAAAACGGAAAGUGACGAGCCAUCGAAGAAGAAAUGUAUUCUGUACUGUGGCCCUUCCAAUAAAUCUGUUGAUGUUGUUGCAGGUCAGCUGGUGAAACUGACUGCUGUGCUCAAACCGCUGAGAGUCUACAGUGAACAGAUGGAGAUGCUGGAGUACCCAUAUCCUGGAAGCCUUCUAAAGCUCUCGCGCCACUCACAGAGAGAGGGGAAACCCAACGCUGAGCUCAGGUCCAUAACUUUGCAUCAUGUGAUGCGAGGGCCACACAAUCCACACUCGGCGAAGAUACGAGCCUUUGACCUCCGAAUAAAGCAAAAAGACACCCUUGCUGAAGAGGAAAUUGAGCUCUACAAAAAGACUCUGCAAAAGGCUCGCAAGUAUGAGCUGGAAAGGCAUGACGUCAUCCUGUGUACCUGCACCGCGGCAUCGCACCCAAACUUUAAGGUACUCGAUCCCCAGCAGAUCAUCAUCGACGAGUGCGCCAUGGCAACAGAGCCCGAGGCCUUGAUACCGUUGGUCGCUAACCAGCCCGAGCAGAUCGUCCUAAUUGGUGACCACAAGCAGCUAAAGCCAGUGGUCAAGUCUGAUGUUGUGGAGAGGUUAGGGAUGAGCAAAUCCAUCUUUGAGCGCUACAGGGAGAGAGCCCUGAUGCUUGAUAUGCAGUACAGGAUGCAUGAGGACAUCUGUGAGUUUCCCUCUAAAGAGUUUUAUGACGGCAACCUGAAGACGGGACCACGGCCCAAUGCAAGACCAAGUGUUCUGAUGAAGGACCCACAGCAUGUAACCUCCAUCAUAUUUGGACAUGUAGAAGGGAAGGAGGCUGGCCUGAUGGUAUCCACUGAGAGGGGGAAUGAAAAUUCAAUGGCAAACCUUCAGGAGGCUGAGCAAGUGGUCCACAUUGCAUCGAUGCUUGUACAGCGGUCCGGAAUAGAUCCAGGGCACAUAGCCAUCCUCACACCUUACAACGCACAGGUGGCCAAAAUCACUGAGUUGCUGCGGGGUAAAGGCAUCCCCAAUAUCACCAAUAUCACCGUCAGCACCAUCAUGAAGAGUCAAGGAAGUGAGUGGAGGUAUGUUCUCCUGUCCACGGUGCGAUCGUGUCCGGCUGCCGAGCUGGACACCAAGCCAACCAAGUCGUGGAUGAUGAAGAGGCUGGGCUUUGUAAUGGACCCCAACCAGAUUAAUGUGGGAAUCACCCGUGCCCAAGAGGGCCUCUGCAUCAUCGGAAACCAGUACCUACUGCGGUGCAGUCACCUGUGGAGGAGGCUGCUGGCUCACUACCAGGACAAGGGCUGUGUGGUGGACGCAAGGAACAUCCACGUACAGAGGCCGCAACCAGGGGCAAGCCAGAACAGAGGCGCCAGGAGCCUCCUCAGACACUGAGGGCAAGCCAGAACAGAGGCGCCAGGAGCCUCCUCAGACACUGAGUCUGUGGAGGAGUGCAGUGUACCCAUACCAUGCUCCGGCUGUACGCCUACAGGGACCCAGGUUCGAGUUCAGCCUGAGUCAUUUCCCAACCCUACCCCAUCUCUCUCUCUCUCAUACCUUAUACUGUCCUAUCUGAUAAAGGCUUUGGAAAGUCUAAAAGGGAGGUGUGUGUGUGUGUGUGUGUGUGUGUGUGUGUGUGUGUGUGUGUGUGUGUGUGUGUGUGUGUGUAUGUGGGAGGGGGGGUCCAGGUUCAAGGCUAACCUGGAUAAUCUCUCUCUCUCUCUCUCUCUCUCUCUCUCUCUCUCUCUCUCUCUCUCUCUCUCUCUCUCUCUCUCUCCCUCCAUCCAUCCAUUACUUUCCUGUCAAAAAGCCCCCCAAAAAAGACAAAAAACAACAAACAAAGAACAGAAAAAAGAAAGGAAAAAAGCCCAAUAACUGGCUCUCAUGCCAGCUCUGUCCUAAUGGUUGGGAACUUUAAACUGAGAGUUCACAGGUUCGGACCUCAUACAGGUAGAAUCAAUGUGAGUGGUCUUUCCUGUACCCUAAUCUACGACUGAAAUAAUCUUGAGCAAAGAGCUUUGCUCCAAGGGAUUGUACUGUGUACCUGAAACUGUUAAUUGCUUGGGAAGAAAGCAAAGUGUAAUGUUAUUCUUUCUCUCACAAUUUUAAAUGAGGUAUAAUCAUGUGGACCAUUCAUUUAUUUUAUUGGGUAUUUGAUCAUGUUAAGUAACUAGAGUUUGUUCAAGAUGUACAGGAUGGAUAAUAUUUUUUAUAUCUUUUACUUUGUAUUAUUUCUUAUCAAUUUUGUAUUUGCAAUGUCUUUAUUAGUCUGAAUGCUUGUUUUGUGUUGUGUUCUUCAAGAAACUGAUAUUUCUGAAACUUUGCACUUUACCUGUAAUACCAGUGUCCAGAAACCUUGAGCUUUAGAGGAAGCACUUUACUUAAUGUCAUAAUGGCAUCUGUGUUCCAUUUUUGCCCCACCAGUCCCUGUCAGCAUUCCAGCCUAUUUCUCCAUGAAAUGUCUUAUAACUGACGCCGUUUUCCUCUGCGCCAUAACUUCAGUUGACAUAGUUUGGUGUGAUGGCCCUAUGUCUGAUAUCAGGGUUUUUUUUAAAGUGUGGUCCCCAGACCACCCCCACCAUCAUCAUCAUUAUUGGUUGUCAUGUCUUUUCUUAAGGUAUUUAUGCUAUGCACUGUUUAAAGUACAUGUUUAUCCUCUUCAUGCAACUCCAAUUGUUGUAGGUCUGUGACACUGUACUGAUUCAUGACUUCAAUUCAAUUCUGUAUGAAAUAGGUAUGAUGGUAUGGUAAGACCAGUAUACAAUUCUUCUGGUUUAAGGUUGCGAACUGUCAUUCAGUCUGAGAAUACAUUUAUCAGAAUUGCCAUGACCUCCCCUCUCGUAUGUGUGGAACCCUGAUCCACAAAAGAUUUUUCCAUCACUGCAUCCAGCUUCAAUUUGCUAGAUGGCUGAAGUCAUCUGUCUAUUUUGUCUUAUAUCUGUUAUAUCUGUUUAGUCAUCUGUUUAUAUUGACUUGGUGUAUUAUUGAUAUGCAUCAUAUACAGUACAGCCUGUAUCAUACAGGGCUCUAAAUUAGUAUGUCAUCACCAGCCAAAAUGGCUUGUAGAUAUUAAUCUUACUAGUCAAACCCACUCUCACAAAUGGGUCAAAGUGCCUAGUAACGUGGUCUUUUCUACCAGCCAAAAUGAAAUUUCAGCAGCAUUUGGCUGAUUGACUGGCGUUAGUUUAGAGCCCUGAUCACAUACG